AGCUUAGUGGAAGAACUUGAACAUGUCGGUCUCCGGUCUUCUGAGGGUGGUCAUAACUUUCAUGUGGCUAGGGUCCAGUAUUGCCCAGAAGGUAACUCAAGGCCAACAAGCAAUACUGGUGCAGGAGAAGGAGGCUGUGAGCCUGGAGUGCACAUAUGACACCAGUGCUACAAGUUAUAGUCUAUUCUGGUACAAGCAGCUCACCGGUGGGGCGAUGAUUCUCCUCAUUCGCCAGGACUCUUACAACCAGCAAAAUGCCACAGGAGGCCGCUACUCACUGAACUUUCAGAAAGCAAAGAGUUCUGCCAACCUCAUCAUCUCAGCUUCCCAGCUGGAGGACUCAGCAGUGUAUUUCUGUGCCCUGAGUGAGCCCACAGUGAGAGGCGUGUUAGGAGGAGGUGUACCAAAACCCCAGGCUCUGCUUCAUGCAUCCACCUGGUCCAGUAUUGCCCAGAAGGUAACUCAAGGCCAACAAGCAAUACUGGUGCAGGAGAAGGAGGCUGUGAGCCUGGAGUGCACAUAUGACACCAGUGUUACAAGUUAUAGUCUAUUCUGGUACAAGCAGCUCAGCGGUGGGGCGAUGAUUCUCCUCAUUCGCCAGGACUCUUACAACCAGCAAAAUGCCACAGGAGGCCGCUACUCACUGAACUUUCAGAAAGCAAAGAGUUCUGCCAACCUCAUCAUCUCAGCUUCCCAGCUGGAGGACUCAGCAGUGUAUUUCUGUGCCCUGAGUGAGCCCACAGUGAGAGGCGUGUUAGGAGGAGGUGUACCAAAACCCCAGGCUCUGCUUCAUGCAUCCACCUGCUGGAGGGACCAAGGCGGGGAAUUGUAA